AUAGGGCUGGAGAGCCCAUGGCAGGAGAAAAACCACAGAGCCAGGAGGAGAAUGCUGGCUUUAUGUCAAUUUACUGUUCCUGUUUCCCAUUUGGCUACUUACGCUGGUACCUCUGAUCCUCUGCCUCCUUCUCAGUGCUCCAAGCAACUCCUUCUGCCAAACACUGCCAGCUACUCCUCACCUCUUCGGGUAGCCUUAGAUGAUGCAUCUGUCACAGAGAAGAACUUGGACCCUAACAGGUUUGGUUCUGAUCCCAUUCCUUCCCUCCUGGAAAGGGCUCAGGACUCCAUGGAUUCUGAACCGGACAGUUGCCACAGUUCUUCAAAUGCUAUCAACUCCAAGUCCAAGGUGCCACCCAAGCCAAAGUUGGCCUUGUCCCUGGGCAGGUUCUUGAAAUGGCGAUGCUUGAAUUCACCUGUGUUUGGCACUCUUUCAUCUAAGCAUCCUGCCGUGGCGCAGGGAAAAGCGCAACCCUUAGAAGAUCUGAGCCAACACCUUCAACCAAAAUCCAAAAAAACAUCAAUCGCCUUCUUUCAGAUUUCUCUGGAGAGCAAAAUCCAUCCAAUGGACACUGGAGUGGAAGAAGAUCACCAUCCUUGUCCUUACAAGGAGUCUGCCAAAGAAGUGAUUUGCCCCUGGGAAGUUCUGACCGAAGGAGGACAAAGCAGAUAAGAAGCCUUUGAAGCCAUUUGGAUGUGAGCCACUUAAAAAAUGACUAUUUUUUCCUGAGCCUGAGUUGGCAGAUAUUAAUCACCAAUCAUUUGAUCUAUCCAUAAUACAACUAGUACAUAUUUUUGGGAAUGGCUAAGUUUUUUUAUUAUGUAGUAUGUGAUGGGAACAUGAUAUAGAGAAGUAAUCAUAUACACACAAUCCACAUAAUGAUAUAAAAACACCUUCUACGGGGUAUGACAGUGGCUCAUAACUGGAUGUCCAGUUCAGUGUCCAGCUGAUUGCCUCUAGCAUUUGCUUUGCCCAGAUCUUCUAAGGAAGUAGAGAACAGGGAAAUCUUGCACAAUAUGUUCAACAAUUUGCAUAUCAGCACUACAAUCGCAACAAGGGGAAUCUUUCCAGCCCUGGAGAUACAGGGCAGAGGCACUUCUGCCAAUAGCACACCUAAUUCUCUUCAAUUUUGUCCAGACAAAGUGAGGCAGGUGAAAACCAGGUGGUUUGGUAAAGGGAUCACUAAUGGUCAGGCUGCAAGACGGUCCUGUUCUGACCCAGCCUUAGCAGAACCAAGAAACAGACUCCUUGUCCCGAAAAAACCCUCUUUAUUUAACUAUUGUGAAUUCAUGGCAUUCACACAGAAAAGUCCAGGCAAUAAUCCUUCCAAGGGUUAAUUGCAAUAACAGACUUUAUCAGUCUUUAGAUAAUUGACAGGCUGAGAGCUUCAAGUCACAAAGCUGUAAGUUAAUUCCCGGCAAGAAGCCUCUGAGGCUCAAACCAGAAAUACGAACUGUUGUCUCCUGCAACUACCACUCCAUUUUUGCUUCUAUUUAUUCCCCAGCCAGGGAGGAGCCAUUCAGCAUCCAGGUGUGCCUUUCUUCCUGAUUCAGCCCCUGUUCCUCAUUUGUUCUCCUCUCCUGACAGCUCUGUGCAUACGCACUUCUGGAACAGGCCCCAGCUGUUCUUCUUCCCCACUUAUCUCCGACUCCGAAGGCAGCUGGGAUGGCCCUGGCUCUAUCUCUGCUUCUAUUAGAGCCUUCUCCAGACUCCAGGACUGGCCCAAUUUCCUCCCCAUCUCCUCAUUGACCGAGUCUGCCGCCAGCUCUGCUGUCAGCUGGCAGGCUACAAGAGGUACCUUGGACUAUUCUUCUCCCCAGGCAUUCUUGUGGUUAAACCUGAUAAAUGUGAAGCAGGGGUGAAAUCUACUUACCUUCUUUACCAGUUCAGAAGUGCACGUGCCGCGCUCGCAUCACGCAAAACCUUCUGCACAUGUGCAGAGGGUAAAAAAACACAUUACUUCCUGAUUAAAACCAGGAAGUAACCACACCCGGGUGGAUGGGUGGAGCCUCGCGCCACCAUCGCUACAGGUUCUCUGAACCACCUGCCACAAUUGCUACCGGAUCACUCGAUCUGGUCCGAACCGGGAGCAUUUCACCCCUGAUGUGAAGUGAACAGUUGUUUUCCAUACUGGCCUAUGGGAUUUCAAUUUUAUGAUAGGUUGUGCAUUGUCCUGGUGAAUAGGAAAGGCCUAGUUUUUUUUUUUAAGCAAUCUUGCCCAUAAAAAUAAAAAACUACUUGAUUUCAAAAAAAUUGAGAGUAUAAAAUCAAAUAGUUUUUUUUCAUUUACUGGUUUUAUUUAAAUUAAGUAUUUUUAAUCUCAUCCUCUAUCUUAGAAUAUCAAGUAGAUGAUAGAUAAGACCUAAUACCAAAGUAUGCCAAAAAAUAGUAAAAUAAAAUAAAAAUAAUAGCAACCCCCUAGGUCAGUGAUGGCGAACCUUUUGGGCACCGAGUGCCCAAACUGGAAUGUGCGCAUGCCAGAGCACUGAAAACCCAAAGAUCAGCUGGCAAUGUGCACAUGCGCACUCCGGAAACCGGAACAGCAGCUGGCAAUGGCAUGCGUGCCCACAGAGAGGGCUCUGUCAUCAUGGCCCUAGGUCAAAACCAGUUGGGAGAAACCUUAUAAUCAAACAAACAUCUUUAUUUCUAUAUUCAAAAAAAGGAAAAAUCUAAGAGGCCUCUUAUCCCUUGUUCACAAUAUUGGUAAAUUGCCAUGAAUCACGUGCUGGGUUCUUCAUGAUGUAUUACUGCACUAAAAAUACGCAUAGCUGCCCACAAUGCUGCACCAGCUGAAAUUUCUGGACAUUCUUCAAGGGCAGUCCCAUACAGAACACCUUAAAAUAGUCCAACUGGGAGUUGACUAGGACAUGAGUGGUGAUUUUGAACAUACAGAAACAACGGAGUACAUUUUUCUCCAGUGCCAGUUUUACUAAGACCUUUGUACUAGCCUCAAAUCACCAUUAUUGCAUAAACACCCAUAACAAAUUUAUACCUCUCGGGUGUUUUCAGAGACCAACCCUGCUACAACUUAUAAUGUUGCCAGGUCUGCAUUGCAGCACUUAAAAUCCAUCAGAUGGUGAUGAUGACCUGUGCCCUAGGCUAGUCUUAAUGAGCAUCUAGUUCAUCAUACUGAAAUGCUCUGUAAUUUGAUAGACAGUCUGCCACAUACAGGUAGUCCUCGACUUACGACCGCAACUGAGCUCAAAAUUUAUAUUGUUAAGUGAGAAAUGUGUGCCCCAUUUUAUGACUUUUCUUGCCACAUCUGUUAAGAGAAUCACUGCAGUUGUUAAAUUAGUAACACCAUUGUUAAGUGAAUCUGGCUUCCCCAUUGACUUUGCUUGUCAGGUUGCAAAUGGUGAACACAUUAUCCCGGGACACUGCAAUGAUCAUAAAUAUGAGUCAGUUGCCAAGUGGCUGAAUUUUGAUCAGGUGACUGUGGGGAUUCUGCAAUGGUCAUUGUAACAUUGUAACCUCGUUGUAACAUUGAGUGGUCACUAAACAAACUCUUGUAAAUCAAGGACUAUCUGUACUAGCAUUGAUGUUCCCCUAUGCUCAUUUAAUGCUCCUACCCCUCCUUUUAGAUUUCUUUUAGACUUCUGUUUUAUAUCUCUCUUUCUCUCCUGUUUUAUAUCUCUUACUUUUUUAUAACAAUAAUUUAGAAUUAUAAAUUUUAGAAUUUAUAAUUAGAAAUGUAUUUUCUAUGCUUUUUAAUUGACUUCUUAUGCUGGUUUUUGACUGUAAUAAAGAUUUGCUUUGGCCACCUGUCGAACAGGAGUUGUAAGUCUAAGAAGACCCUCAGAUUGUGCACAGGGUGCACAGGGUGCACAGGGAACCCCAUCCAGCACCAAAGAUGAUACAAUCCUAGAACUGUUGGGCUCCAAAACCCAAAGCCACUCGAUCUUGUCGGUGUUCAGUUGAAGCCUGUUGAUUCCAGAUCUUCACAGCCUCCAUGCACUUGGAUAAGACAUCCUAUGCUGUAUGGCUAAUGUAAAUGCUAAAUAUAUAAUAUGCAAUAUUGGUAUGUUUUAGUGUGCCCGAAUGCACCUUUUUCAGAAAAGGAUGCCUUCGAUGGAUUGUUUUCCUAGUACAACGAUUGAUUUCCUAAGAAACAUAUUUCCUUUAUCUGUUUCAAUGUUGCUUUUAAUGUUGCAAAUAAAAAUGAAUUUGUCUGCAGUGAGAAGAAUUUUCUCACUAUCUUAUUGUCUUAUUCCUUAUUUUUGAUGUUGUUGUUCUCUAUCAGGAAAUUGCCACAAGAAGGUGGAGUGGGGUUCUUCACUGGGAACCUAUGGAUAGAUUUCUGGGAAUCUGUGAACUUGGAUGGGGGAGGAAGUUAUUUUCACUAUUUUAUUUUAUGCACCUAUUUCACCAUACUUUCACCAAACUCUAUGGCAGAAAAAAAUUGAGAACUCCAGACACAGAGGGUUUUAAUAUGGAGGUUUCUCACUCCUCCGUACCUAUCCACAAAUAAGCCACCCAGAGUUGUUUUGAUACGAGAUGGCCUCAGAUGGGUCCACAAGACAACAACCAAGCUCAGAGAACACUAAACAAACAAACAAACAAAAAAGUCAUUAAACUAUACGUACCACUAAUAACCCCCAAAACCAGAAAAAAACCAAAACAAAUUACCCAUAACAAUAAGGAAGCUUCAA